GGUGGCCGUGCCGGUGCCCCCCUGAGUGCCGCGGGCCGCAUGGCGGCGGCGUGGGGGCGGCGCGGAGGUCCCGCGCUCCUGCGGGGGGCGCUCGGGGCGGCGCAGGGCCGUGCGUGCAGCACCGGGGCGCCUGUGCGGGCUCCCACCGGCGCGGCUCAGGCUCAGGAACUGCAAAGCUCAGGAAGAGCACGUUUUCUACUGGAACAUGCUGCUCCCUUCUCUGCUUUUUUGACAGACAGCUUUGGGCGUCAGCACAACUACUUGCGAAUUUCUUUGACAGAGAAGUGCAAUCUCAGGUGUCAGUAUUGUAUGCCAGAGGAGGGUGUUCAGCUGACUCCUAAAUCAGAGCUACUUACUGCUCAGGAGAUAAUCACCCUAGCUGGACUGUUUGUGAAAGAAGGCGUAGAGAAGAUCCGUCUGACAGGAGGAGAACCACUUAUCCGGCCUGAUGUGGUUGAUAUUGUGGGUCAACUGUACAAGCUAGAAGGGCUGAAAACCAUCGCUGUCACUACCAAUGGGAUCAACUUAGCCAGGUUAUUGCCCCGACUGAAGGAGGCAGGACUGAAUGCCAUCAACAUUAGCCUGGAUACUUUGGUUCCAGCUAAAUUUGAGUUCAUUGUCCGGAGGAAAGGUUUUCACAAGGUAAUGGAAGGAAUCCACAAAGCCACUGAACUUGGCUACCGUCCUGUUAAGGUAAACUGUGUGGUGAUGCGAGGUUUGAAUGAGGAUGAACUGCUGAACUUCGUGGAUUUCACAAAGGAUCUGCCCCUUGAUGUGCGGUUCAUAGAAUACAUGCCCUUUGAUGGCAAUAAAUGGAACUUCAAGAAGAUGGUGAGCUACAAAGAAAUGCUUGAUACAAUUAAACAACAAUGGCCUGAAUUGGAGAAAUUACCCUGUGAAGCUUCCAGCACAGCCAAGAGUUACAAAGUGCCACAUUUCCAGGGACAAAUCAGCUUUAUCACCUCCAUGUCAGAGCACUUCUGUGGAUCCUGCAAUCGGCUGAGGAUAACAGCAGAUGGGAAUCUAAAGGUGUGCCUGUUUGGGAGUUCGGAAGUGUCCUUGAGAGAUCACUUACGGUCAGGUGCCUCAGAGGAAGAGUUGGUUCAAAUCAUUGGAGCAGCAGUGAGCAGGAAAAAGAAACAGCACGCUGGCAUGUUUAACAUUUCCCAGAUGAAAAACCGUCCAAUGAUCCUGAUUGAACCUGCAUUGAUUUCAUGCCCUCUAUGCCAAGAUGCCCUACAGAAUCCCCCAUAUUCAAAACAGUGGGGCCAUGCAUUUAGCCACUGGCUAACUUUGAGAGUAAAUUUAUCCAAGCAAAUGGGAAAAGCAUUAAUAAGACAUAAACUUACAAAACAGCUUAUCCUGCCAGGAUUUCACCCAGAGCAACAGUGGCACCUAAGGACAAGAAUUCUACAAACCCAGCUGAGAGGCUUCUGUGUCUUCCAAAAGGACUUGAGCUCCACAUCUGACACAAAGUGCCUUGAGGCUUCUCCUGUUGCCCAAGUUUCUGUGGACUGUCAGUCCAAAGAAGCAAGUCCAGGAUCUGAAUUCUCUAACAGGAAUUCGGGAUCUUGCACCAAGGUCCGUCAUGCCUCUGAUAACUUGACUCACACGGACGAGGAAGGACGGGCCACAAUGGUGGAUGUUGGAGGGAAACCAGAUUCCAGAAGAAGCGCUGUUGCUGUUGCUAUUGUUCGCCUGGGUGAGAAGGCAUUUGGGAUGGUGCGGCAGAACCAAAUGAAGAAGGGGGAUGUGCUGGCAGUAGCACAGAUUGCAGGAAUUCAGGGAGCUAAACUGACCAGCCAGUUGAUCCCUUUGUGUCACAACAUCCCUCUCAGCCAUGUUGAGGUGUCCCUGAGCCUGGAUGAGGCCAGAUGUGCAGUGGUGAUUCGCUGCUCCUGCCAGACCUGGGGGAAGACAGGGGUGGAGAUGGAGGCUCUGACAGCUGCCAGCCUGGCUGCCCUGACUGUGUACGACAUGUGCAAAGCAGUCACUCAUGACAUUGUGAUCGAGGAGGUGAAGUUGCUUAGUAAGACAGGUGGGCAGAGAGGAGACUUCUCUAGAGUCUAGAUCAUAUCCAGACACGUCCAGCCCUCUAGAUAACCACUGCUAGAACACAGCCUCUUACAGAACAGCUUUUGCUCAGCUGUAGUAAGCUUGGAGACCUCAGUAGGUGUACCAUACAACUCUCAUUUUGCCUUACCCUGUCACUUACUUCUGAAUGAACAGAGGAGCUGCUUGGCCAGCUGUUGAGUAAGCAGGUUUUUUAGAGGACAGACUUCUCUGCUCAGCCAGCAGUUUCAUUUUAGUGUCCUCCCCAUGAGGUUGAGCAAAGAUUUCUAGCUAUAGUACAGAAGGUUUCUUUUUCUUCUUGCUGUGAAAUAUUCACAGCUGCUGUCAUCACACCAUGCAACUGGUGAGCUCUGGAAAUGAAACAAGUGUUGAAAGUCCUGUUAUUUGGCAACUAUUCUUAAGUCAAGGAUUAGGAUUUCAGAACUGUUUCUGUCUGUCUGUGCCCCCAUCCCCUCAGAUGAGUUUAGAUGGUGACAGGGAGAAGAAAACAGCUCUGGGAAUUUAUCGUACAUCAGAGAUUAUAGUUAUGGAACAGUCAGGGUCAGAGGGGCAGCUCCUGUCCCUUUUCAGUGCUGCUGCUUUCCUUGCCCACAAGCGGGAAACAUCCACCUCUCAGUUUCAAAACAAAAGGAGAUUGCAGCUCCCCAGCUCUCUCUACCUUGAACACUGUGAAAAAACGUGGUGCAGAACAUAGGGUUUCUGGUGUUGGAAGAAUUAUUUUGCUGAUCUGAAAGGUAACUUUUGCGAUGUUAGAAGCAUGUUCCAGCAUUUUGACCUUGUCACUGAAAUACAUUGAGGCACUGUGUCUACAUGCAUGUCUGCAUUAAGGGUUUAAUUAUGCCACGCGUGGAAGUACAUUUCAGCUCUCCCUGACUUUAGUUGAGCUGUCACAUCAAGCCCCAGAAGACUACACUUGUUUAAUCUUACAGUGCAGCUCCUAGUAACCAGCAAGCUGCGUGAUCCUGACAGGUGAAAGUCUGUAAGGCCAGCAACCACUUACUUGGAGGAGUGGGAUUGUUGCUGUUGCCUCAGCCAGAGUGUUUUCCUGCAUUCCCAAGUAGAUUGUCACGUAGCUCUGAAUAGCUUUCAUAAUGGACUAUCCUAGAAAAGAAAUUAAUCAGCAUUCUUUUUUUCCAUACUGGUGGAUACCUUUUAAACAUUAAUUUAUAUGCUCUGAAGAAGACAUUUUCAACUUCGGUUUAUUUGUUUUCUGGUAUUUCUGGCUAGCGUGAAGCUCCAUAUGAUUCAGGGUGCUCCCUCUCAAUACGCACAGAGAGCUGAAGACAGCUCUAAGUUAAGGAGGCUACUGGGAAAUUGUCUUAAACUUUACAAGCCAUUGCUUCUCAUGGAAUAAGGUUAAACUGUGAGCAUAAGUAAAGCACACAGCACAGUCACGCACAUCCUGCUCCUUUAAAGUAAGCACAGGUCUAAUAUUAGGAGUUGGUAGGAGAUACUACAAAUGUAUUUGCUUAUAUAUUACGAAUCUCAUACAGUAGUUAACACAGAAAGCACUUUUUCCAUUGCAGGUUAAUUAGAUUAUUUUUUUCAUUGUUAUUGGGGUCAGGCACACAUAACAGCUACAGCUGAGCAAGCUUAGAAAAGCAGAGGGAUUCUGCAGAGCUUAAUAACAGAGAUGCUCAAUACUACAAACAUUUGUAUGCCUAUAUUCACUGUUAUACUCCUGAUUCCAUCAAUAUCACUAACCUGUCUGUAAACAAAUAGUGAGUCAGCUUAACGUUGUACAAGAGAUAGUAGUGAGUUUUCUCACUCAAGCACCUUCCCCAGAUAGGCACCAAGAAUUCCAGCUGACCCUGCAACCAUGAGAGCCCAUGUUCAUCUGUGGAAUUGCUGUGCACAUCUCCCCUAGUUCAGGGCACAAACAAAUCCCCUGGAAAAAUAAGUAUGCCUGUAACCUGCUAAGUUAGCUGACUUACACAAGCACUUAACUCCCCCCACCGUGCACAGCACAGCUGCCCUCCCUGCCUUCACCCAGCCUUGAAAAAUUAAUACUACAUACUUGGUAGUAAUAAAACGAUGCCUUGGGGUAUGCGAUCCUUUGGCUUCUGAGGAGUUUGCUGUCAUGCUGUAAAGCUCACAGAAAAGACAUAAGAUCACACCAGGGACUACAGAGCACAUGCAUGAUUGCCAUGCACAUCUUACCACUUACGCACAUCUCAUUACAUACUUUCUUGGGUUGAGUGACUAGAAGCUUUGGGCAAACGGACUUUGGUGCCAUUUUAUGCUCAUGUUCUAUUGUCAAGCCUUGAAACUAUGCACAUUUACAGAUGAUGAAACACAUGCUUCAACGGAACAUUUUGCAAGAGAAAUGAGCUGGUAUGUUUCAGUGGUACUGGGUGGGCAAUGGGAUAACACGAUGAAUGCUUUUUGAAAGCUUGCUUUUUUUGUCCACUGUUUUUAAUAAAUGCUCAUUGUAAUUGUUU